UGCGUGCGCUUUCAUCCCUCUUUCAUUCGUGCGCUUAGUUUGUGGAUGUGUAUUUUUCAUAUUUUGCAUCAAACAUCUUGCUUACUCGCGAGCAUGGUACGGUGAAAAAAACUAACCAGAGCCACAUAGAAUUUCGAGCUCGUCGCGCGUGAUGAUGCAUCUCGCAUCGCAGUAACCCAUCGCUCGCGAGAUUCCCGCCGCCAUCGCCAACUCUGAUCGUGUUUGCUUUUGUUUAUCAUCGGGUUUGCGUCGCGUGUACGGUGAUAAAUUAUUUUAUGUACGUGCGGUCAUGAACAUGAUUAUGAUGACAUUUAAAUUUUAGUUUAACCGUGAUAUCACAACCGUUCGGAUGCUUUCUGCACCUUUCUCCGCGUUCGGUUCACAUUGCUACUGAGUAAAAUUCGAGUGAGUUUAUAUUCUAAUAAAAUUAUUCGGAACUACCAAGUGUUAAAUUCGAAUAUUGAGUGAAUGCUGACAUUGUGCUUAGUCAUAAUCCAAAACAACGAAAAUCUUUCUGAUGAAUAUUUUCAAUGUGACAAGGAAGAAAUGAAUGUUAAUCCGUAAAUUUUGCCGUCGGUGAUUAUUGUGUAAUCUGGAUUGUGUGUAACAACGGUAUGAGGAUAUACCACGAAUACAACGAAAACACUGUGCACCAAAUAUCUUAGUCAUGAAACAGGCUUAAAAAUUGGAAUUAAAAAAAAACAGCCAAAAGCUUCAUCAGUGAAUAGUGUAGCGAAGUAAACAAUGAAUUUGGACUCGAUAGCUCGGCCCGAGACAAUUCACGUUGCAGCUCCAGGAGCCACAAGUCGCCCUCCACAAACCAUGCCGCAGCGUUCGCCGUUCGCAAUCCAGGAGCUCCUCGGACUGAGCGACAGUUCCAGACCGAGUGGCGUAGUCUCGGCUGUAACACCGUCCCUCUAUCCCAGCGUUGGGCAAACUCCGUUCACGGCCGAUCCGCACCAGAUGCAGAUGGCUGCCUCGCGGAUGGCCUACUUCAAUGCUCACGCGGCCGUGGCGGCUGCAUUUUUGCCGCACAAUAUGGCAGCGAGUGCGGCCGGCGGUCCUCUGCAGCUUCAUCACCAGUCCACUGCCGGUUUUCCGCAUCUCAAAUCGACGUUCGGUGCAGCCGGCAGUCCUUGUCUACCUGGUGGUGUCGAUUCUACCAAAGAUUUUACGUUAGAGAAUAUUAACGGUUAUGGAAAGAAAAAGAAAAAGAAGCGAAGACAUAGCCGUACAAUAUUCACCAGUUACCAGCUAGACGAGUUAGAAAAAGCCUUCAAGGAAGCCCACUACCCCGACGUGUACGCCAGAGAAAUGCUUUCGCUGAAAACAGAUCUUCCAGAAGAUAGGAUACAGGUUUGGUUCCAGAACCGCCGAGCCAAGUGGCGCAAGACUGAAAAAUGCUGGGGCCGAAGUACCAUCAUGGCGGAAUACGGCCUUUACGGAGCUAUGGUGAGGCACUCGCUUCCACUGCCGGAGACCAUCCUGAAGUCGGCCAAGGAGAACGAGUCCGUCGCACCGUGGCUUCUAGGUAUGGAGAUGAAAAGUAUGCACAAAAAAUCAAUGGAAGCGGCGGAAACCUUGAAAAACUCCGAAGACAACAGCGAUCGAGAAGAGACUCGAACGGAAGCCAGUGAUAUUAGUGCAGGUUCUAGUUUGAACAACCAUGGAAGUUCCCCCGUCAAGUCACCUGGAUUACAUCCACCGGGCAGUACCAACAGUGGCAGCACAAACAGUACGAGUCACUUAUGUUCUAGUUCAAGUAGCGGCCAGUCCCAUAGUACUCACUCCAAUCCUACGACCAGUGUUAUAUCGCAUCUAUCACCCACUUCGGCACAUUCUCCAAUCAAUAGUUCAUCGACGGCCUCGAUAACACCGCCUCCAUCAGCACUAGCACGACACCGAACAUCGCCUCUAGUAUCCCUGGGCGGAGGUCAAACGCAAUCGGGCCCAUUAGGUCAUCCGCACCACCAUCCUCACCUGCCACAUCCGGCGCACCACCACAGUCCGGUCGAUAGCAAAGAAUUCAAACUAAACGCCACCGUCAGCCCUACUGGCAAUAGCUACCACCCCGAAAACGACCCCGAAGCGUUUAGGUGGGUUGACUACCGAGAUCCUGUUUCGUACAUACGGAACAACUCCAUAGCCUGCCUUCGCGCCAAAGCACAGGAACAUCAAGCGCGUCUGCUGAACAGUGGACUGCUGUUGCAGGUUCGUUCUCUAGCGGGACUUCAGAAUCCCCUUCACCACAAUCACGGUGGCGGAGGAAUGGCUGGCAGCGGUCCCGGUGGCGGAGCUGGAGUGAUAGGCAAUGGCAGCAUCCCCUCACCACACCCCUGUGAUUCGAACGGUAACAAUCUGCUGAUGGGUAGCGCUGCGCAUCACUCGUCGUCGCAGGAAAACUUGAACCUCGCCGCAAUCGAUCGACAACGGUCGGAAGCGAACAGCAGCAACGGAUCGGCCAUAUCGAUAAAGUGCCGCAGCAAUAGCCCCAACGUGGCCACUUUUUGACAUUAGAACGGCUAGUAGCGGGGUCUCCAGCUCCUAUUCUAGCUCCCAUCGAACGUAGGAUCAGUCACUAGCUUGUAAAGUCUAAGCUCCUGGUUAGAUUUGUUUCGCCUAGUUCUGUUUUGUACAAAAUUAUGAAAAGCUUUAGUUGUUACAAUUAAGGCAUACAAUAUGGUAAUUGAGCAAUGUUAAAUGACAUCAUCCCUUGUUUUCAAAACGUUUUUCACAUGCUAAUAAAAAGAGAAUUUAAUAAGUGCAAUGUAUCGAGCAUUUUUAUUUCAGUAUUCCGGUUGUCAAGUUUUGAAAUAAUAAUUCCAUGUAAAAUAUUGUAAAUCAGUCAAUGCAUACAAAUGAGAAGGAAAUCAGGUUCAACAAUAAUACGUAACUACUACAAACCUCGAAAGAGAAUGCUCAACAGUUUCUUUACACUCCUCAGACUAAUACACUUUGGUUUGCCUAACGGGCUAAUGCUUAUUUCAAAUAUUUUGUAUGAACAAUGCGGUCCUUUCUUAAGAAUCCCAUCUCGCUUUCCAAGUAAUCCAUUUUACAACUUUAUAAACCUUUUUGGAAUGAUCAUUGUUGAUAAGUUACUUAAUCAUAAUACUUAAGUGUACCUAUACAUUACUACUUUGCCGACAGAAAAAUCUUACCGAUAUUAUCCCCAAAUUCUAUAUAUUCCAUGAAAUUGCUAUCAUUUUUUGACGAUUACUUUUUCGUAUAGCUGUUUCCAUCUUAAGAAUGGACAGUAUUGUUGAUAAACGAUACAUGCAUCACUGAAUCGGUUCACAAUUUUCCUGUUUUAUAUUCUCAGUCCAUAAAUACUUCGGAGGGAUUUAGAACUUCAAGAUAUGUUUCAAAUGUUCCGGACAAGCUUGCCUAGAGAACCAAAAAGUUCAUAGUUUAGCGAUUUAACUAAAUUAAUCUCUAAGUUGCAGCAUCCCUCAGUGUAUCUCGAACACACUUCUAAAUCGGCACUAAAAAUCACCAAAAAAUACAACUAAUCUUGUAGGUAGAACAACGACGGGAACGAAACACUACAAACGAACUAAAAGGAACGGGGAAGUUGCACCCACUCCUAUAAAAUCAUGUACAUAGGUUCGCUGCUGAUAGUAAUUUUUUGCAGCCAGUAGAACAUCUUUUCGCAUUAAAAACAUUCGUACUUAUAUUGUAACAUAAAAGACACAGAUGAGGAGAUGAAGUAAUCGAAUGAUCGAUUUAACAAAUAAGUUUUAGCAAUGGCAACAAAAUUUAAACUGUGGUAAUAAAUUUCAUAAUAACCUAAUACUGUAUGGAGCACUUGCAGAAGUGUUUUGUGAAUGUAAAUGAUGGCGAUUUGUGUAGAGGAAAAGCUCUUAUAACGAUGAUGAGAUAAAUAUAACAUUUAGAAUUGUCACUAUGAUACUGAAAUUAUUAGAGCGUACUUAGGAAGCGACUAAUCAGAAAAAUAAAAAUAAUCACUGAAUAAGUGAAUGA